AUGGCUGAUUCUCUGAACAUGAAUGGUCUCUCUCUCAAUGACUCUCGACACGCUCCAGGCGGUCGAGCUGCCUACAUCCCACCUCACCUCCGCGGCUCAUCCGCUCGCGGUCCUCCCCCAAUGAUGGGCUUGGACGGCGCUGGUCCUGGCCCUGGGCCGAUGGCAGCUCAAGGUCUGAACGGUAGUGCUUGGGCCAACAAUACCCAAAACAACGGAAGCUGGGCGGCUGCUCCUGAUUUCAAGCCCGGCCCUGGUGGUCCUGCCCCUGGGCCUCCUGGCCCUGCUCCUCAGUCCAACGGCUGGGGCGCCGGUCACAAUCCUCGUCCCUUCAAUCCCAAUGCCUACGGUGCUCCGGGUGGUGGUCACGGCGGCGGCCAUGGCGGCGGAUAUGGUGGCAGCUACGGUGGUGGCGGUUCUGCCCGAGGUUCAGGAGAAGGUCAGUGGAGAGAUGGUCAACACAUUGCUGGUCCACCGAAUCCGAAGGUCGAGCGUGAGCUGUUUGGCGUGCCCAACGACCCGACCAAGCAGACUACUGGCAUCAACUUCGCCAACUACGACGACAUUCCCGUCGAAGCCAGCGGUCAUGACGUUCCUGAACCCGUCAACUCCUUCACAAACCCUCCCCUCGAUGAUCACCUACUCGGCAACAUCAAACUCUCUCGCUACACCACCCCCACACCUGUACAAAAGUACUCGAUCCCCAUCGUCAUGGGCGGACGAGAUCUCAUGGCCUGCGCUCAGACUGGUUCUGGCAAGACUGGUGGUUUCUUGUUCCCAAUCCUCUCCCAGGCCUUCCAGAAUGGUCCGUCUGCCAAUCCAGCAAGCGGAGGUGGUUUCCGCCAACGCAAGGCGUUCCCGACUUCUCUGAUUCUUGCCCCCACCCGCGAGUUGGUCUCCCAGAUCUACGACGAAGCUCGAAAAUUCUCAUACCGCUCUUGGGUGCGACCAUGUGUGGUCUAUGGUGGCGCCGACAUUGGCACUCAGCUCCGCUCCAUCGAACGUGGCUGCGAUCUGCUCGUUGCUACCCCCGGCCGUCUCGUCGAUCUCAUAGAACGAGGUCGCAUCUCAUUGGCCAACAUCAAGUAUCUGGUUCUCGACGAGGCCGAUCGUAUGCUUGACAUGGGUUUCGAGCCCCAGAUCCGCCGCAUUGUCGAGGGCGAAGACAUGCCCACCGUCCAGAACCGUCAGACGCUCAUGUUCUCAGCAACCUUCCCCCGCGACAUUCAGAUGUUGGCGAGAGAUUUCCUCAAGGACUAUGUCUUCUUGUCUGUCGGUCGUGUCGGCUCGACAUCCGAAAACAUCACCCAGAAGGUCGAAUAUGUCGAAGAUCAAGACAAGCGCUCCAUCUUGCUUGAUAUCCUUCACACACACAAAGCCGGUCUGACUUUGAUCUUCGUGGAGACCAAGCGCAUGGCUGAUACCUUGUCCGACUACCUCAUCAAUCAAGGUUUCCCAGCUACGGCAAUCCACGGUGAUAGAACCCAGCGUGAGCGUGAGCGAGCUCUCGAGUUCUUCCGCAAUGGACGAUGCCCAAUCAUGGUUGCCACUGCUGUUGCCGCCAGAGGACUUGAUAUUCCCAAUGUGAUGCACGUUGUCAAUUACGACCUCCCAACUGAUAUCGAUGACUAUGUCCACCGCAUUGGUCGUACUGGUCGUGCUGGCAACACCGGACUAUCGACUGCGUUCUUCAACCGCGGUAACCGAGGCAUUGUUAGGGACUUGAUUGAGCUUCUCAAGGAGGCCAACCAGGAAGUCCCCGGCUUCCUGGAGAACAUUGCUCGCGAGAGCUCUGGCUUCGGAGGCGGUCGCGGAGGACGUGGCCGUGGCGGUGGCGGUCGUGGUGCUUCUGCUACUCGUGAUAUGCGUCGCAUGGGCGGCGGUGCGGGCGGAGCAGGAGGUCCUCCUUCUUACGGCGGCGGAUAUGGUGGUGGCAGUGGCUACGGCGGCGGCGGCGGCUAUGGUGGUGGGGCUCCCUACGGCGGUGGGGCUUAUGGCGGCGGAGGAUAUGGCAACCCUGGUGGUGCCAGCGGUCCAUCUUCCUGGUGGUAA